AUGCCAGCGUUACAUACGCCACAGCCAAGACGUAAGUGUGUCGCGUACCGCUUAGGCAGCGUUGAGUAUGAGACUGCGUGGGACUGGCAGAAGCAACUUAUCCAGGAGCGUGUGCUGGCUACACGUUCUGGUCAGUCCUUGGAAAAGGAUGCGGUGCUUAUUUUGGAACAUCCGAGCGUGUAUACAAUAGGUCGAGGUGGCACCAUGAAUAAUGUGAAAUUUGACUCAGAGAAGGAGCACGUCAAGUUAGUUCGAGUUGACCGCGGAGGCGAAGUCACAUACCAUGGCCCCGGGCAAGUUGUAGUCUAUCCGAUACUGGAUUUGACACAGUACAAAAAAGACUUGCACUGGUACCUCCGCCAGGUUGAAGAAGUGGUAAUUCGCACCCUCGCCAAGUUUGACAUCAAAGGCAAGCGUAUGAACGGACUUACUGGAGUCUGGGUCGGGGAAAAGUCAGGGACUUGCACGUCUUAUGAAAUGCGCAAGAUUUGUGCAAUCGGAACGCAUGCAAGUCGCUGGGUGACCAUGCAUGGCUUUGCGCUGAACGUCAAGACGGAUUUAGGCGCGUUUGAUCAAAUCAUUCCGUGUGGUAUUGAUGAUUAUGGUGUCACGAGCAUGGAUCGCAUUCGGCCAGACACGACAAUUAGAGAUGUGCAGGAUGCUACUAUCGAGGCAAUCAGCGAGAUUUUUCAGCUUGAUAUCGAAGAUGUUGAGGCUAAGACGCCUUUUUAG